UCCUCGUCUCGCCCCGGCAACGGCGGCAUGCGGCUCUGGUCGUACGUGAGCGGCACGGCGGCCGAGACCGAGGCCUCCAAGCUGGCGCUCGGCAUGGAGAUCAAGCACGCGAGCUUCAACACCGGCUUUUCCGGCGCCAAGCUGGUCUGUGCGGCGGAGCAGCCGAUCGAGGCGUGGAGCGGCGACGACAAGCAGCGGCUGAUGGACGCCGCCGCUUGUAUGCUCACCGAGCUCGACGGCGCGAUGUUCACUGGAUGCGACAUGAACACGACCACGGAGGACAUGGACUACCUCGCCGAGCGGUGCCCGUUCGUGCUGGCGGCCGUCGGCAACCCCUCGUGCUGCCCCAACGCCGCGACUGCGCACGGUGUCCUCGGCGCGCUGGACGCCACCUUUGGCGGCGAGGUGUCCGGCAAGCGCUUCGUCGUGCACGGGUGCGGCAACGUCGGCCGCACCGUCGCCCUCGGCCUCGUCGAGCGGGGCGCGGAGGUGCUGACGGUCGACUUGGACGCCGCCCGCGCCGUCCUGCCGGGCUGCAAGAUGCUCGACGCGGGCGGCGAGUGGUGGGCGACGCCGUGCGAUGCGCUGGUCCCUUGCUCCGCCUCGGGCCUCCUCACCGCCAAGCGGGCCGGCCAGCUGCAGUGCGAGGCCAUCGUCGGCGCCACGAACCUCCCCUUCGCCUCGGAGGAGGCGCAGGCCGUCGCCGAGCGCGAGCUCGGCAUCACCUUUGUCCCCGAAGGCGCCGCCCGCGACACACGCCCCUUGGGCCCGCAAUCUCGAUCCGAACCCGCUUGCGAUGUCUAG